GAAGAAGAAGAAGAACCUUUGCGGCACGAACAACAAAGAUGGCGUUUGUGAAAAGUGUUUCUGAACGUGAAAUGAAUUGUCAAACGUUAAAUUGAUGAACUGAGGAGAGCUACGACCCGCACGGCACUGCAGAAAAUCUGACACUGUGGUGCGACUGGAUUAUACCGAGCUGUCCACGCCGAAAAGAGCAGACCAGAUGCCGUCUCCUAAAGCCAGCAGGAGCGCCGGACGCAGCGGAGGCAGCCCGGUGCUCGGCAGCUCCAACGGGCGCUACGAGUUCAUGUCGUUAAACCGGGCCCCGCCGCCGCACCUGCUCCAGCGGCAGGGCUCCGACCCGGCCACCGCCCGGCUCCGCGCCUCGGAGAGCCCCACUCGGCGUCGGGGCUCCGGCUCCUCCACGGGAUCAACAGGCGGCCAGGGGCUUCCCGAGGAGGACUCCAUCCGCCUCAACCCGUCCAUCAUCGGCGUAGCGCUCAGCUCCCUGCUCGCCAUCGACCUGUGGCUCUCCAAGCGGCUGGGGGUGUGCGCUUGUGAAGACUCCUCCUGGGGCAGCAUUCGCCCAUUGAUGAAACUGAUAGAGAUAUCGGGACAUGGCAUCCCUUGGCUGGCUGGGACCGCCUACUGCCUCUACAAGAGCGACAGCGCUGCAGGACAAGAAGUCAUGCUCAACCUUUUCGUGGCUCUGCUUUUGGAUCUGGUCCUGGUUGGCAUUGUCAAGGCAGUGGUACGUCGGCGCCGGCCAGCCCAUAACCGAAUGGACAUGUUUGCCACGUUCUCUGUGGACCGGUACUCCUUCCCCUCUGGCCACGCCACCCGCGCUGCCAUGUGUGGGCGCUUCCUGCUGGCACACCUGGUCCUGGCUGCCCCCCUGCGGGUGCUGGUUCUGUUGUGGGCCAGCAUGGUGGGCCUGAGUCGGGUGCUGCUGGGCAGGCACAAUGUGACCGAUGUGGUGUUUGGUUUCUGGAUGGGCUACUGCCAGUACAACCUGGUGGAGAUGCUCUGGCUCUCACCUCAAGUCCUGCAAGGGCUGCUGGGACAGCUAGCCUGAGAUACAGGACUGAGGUGAGGGCACUGAAAUCAGGUGAUGUGGCUGAGGCACUGUUCCAUGUACAUGGAGAUGCACACUUGUUUGUUAUUUGUGGAUUAAGAAUUUACCUACCAAUCAUUUGUCAGGCCUGUUAUUUUCAUUAGUGAGGAGGAAAAUGUGUAAACUGAGUGGACUUGACCUUGAGUCAAGGUACUAAGUGUAGAGUGGUGCAUAAUCAAAGUCUUCAGUAUAAAGUAAUGAGCCGUUCUUUCAAACACUAUUUGCUAAAAUAUACACACGACUGCACUUACCCAUCCAUCCACAAGCAAGCUGUCGUAAUACCUAAAGACGCAGGAUUUAAGAAAAAUAAAGCCCGACAAGUUCACAUGCACUGCCUACACCCGAACACCAGUGACAGUGAUAGUCAGCUUUCUAGCUGUGUGUGUUUGUGUGUGUUUUCUCACCGUCCUCAUCUCUUUUUCUGUUGAAUGGAAUGCAGGAGUGGUGAUAUGUGUGGUUUGAUGGGAUGCAACAACACCCAAUACCCAAUCACCGGGGACCAGCCAAAAGUGUAGUCACUGGAGGAAAGGAGAUUUUAGUUUAACCUUAAUGCUGAAGUUUUCUCCUCUGCACAGGAGGAGAGGGGACAUAAAACUCUAUGUGACUAAGUAAAUACUAUGGGAAACUAUUUUUAACAGUGCAUUUACUCACUUUCUGCUUACUCACAUGUUCUUUGUUUCAUUCUCACCCAAAAAAAAAAUGACUGUGAAACAGGUUUAUAAACUUGUGAAGAACUUUGGAAAUGAGUUUGUAACGUUUUUGAAGCAGAAUGCUUUAGAGCUGUAUGACUAAAUGUCAGUGGGAAAACGAUGUACAAUAGAUGUGCAGUGUGCAUUGUACUGAUUAAUUUUUGACAUGUUUGACAAUAAUUUUAUGAUGACAUACUUGGUUUAGUCAUUAGUAGACAUUUUGAAACUGCUGGUUAAAUGUGUGUUACUGCACACGUCAUUUCCCCACAUCAGAAACCUGGGGCCUUGACAGCGGUCAGCGUCACGCUGCCAUUCAGGUCGACUAAAUGUUUAAUUUAUGAAACAGACUGGGGUGCUGCCAAGGUUCAUUAAUCAUUGCCAUGAACUGAAAUGUAAAUAAGGAAUUAUGCCUAGAUUACCUCUGAACAUGGUGUAGACUUUUGAGAAAAAAAAAAUCAAAUGAUGAAAAAAGUAAAAUCAAAUGAUAGUUUGCAUAAGUAUUAAAUCCAUUUACUUUGUUUGGACUAAAUGUCCUUUCCACUGGAAAAUAGCUCAACAUUUCUUGUCAUCUAUUACUUUUUUGUUUAUUUUUGUGAUGUGAUUUUUAUAUUCUGCAGUAGUUUUGGACACUAAACUCUUCUUCAGAUUAUUUUGGAUAUGUGGUUCAUUUACAGGUGACAAGAAACUAGUUAUUUUUAAAGAAAAUAAAAAAUAAUCCCUUUGUGAUCACCAUAGUGGAAGCAGAGAGGCUACAUUUUCAGUGCAUUUUUUCAGUCCUUAUUUAUUGUGGAAGUCACUCGACAGGAAAAAUGCUGCUGAAAUACUUCAAAGUCUUUAUUUUCUGGAAGAGCGAUAAUUUAUAUUUUCUUUGGACCUUGCAAACCUGCCGCCAACCGUACAUAAACCAUAUACUAUAUCAUGUGCUGUACCCUAUCCAUUUAAGUAUUCACAUGAAGAAUUCAACCUGCAGCCCAAAAUCCCCUCACAUCCCAUUGAGACCACACAGUUCCCUCAGUGAGUGACCUGCCUGGUGUGUGUGUGUGUGUGUGUGUGUAAAAACAGGUUUAAAGCUGAAUGUCCUGGGAUACGGGUGAGCACAUUAAUAUUUCCAAGAGUUGAGACUCCAGUGACGCCAGUGACUAAAAUGUUGUAACACAGAUGUGUUCUUGGCAUGUGGCCUGUGACGGAGGCCGUUGACCCCUUGGUCAAUCUUUAGGGCGUGCUGAAAGUUUAAUGUUUUAGGUGCUUUGGGCCUCAGACUUAGAGUGAUAUUUCAUUUUGCCAUCUGAUAUUGCCUUUUUCCCAAUAGCUAGAAAAUCAUACUUCUAACAAAUCUCUGAACUUAAUUGGGUCAAGCAAGCUAAUUUAAUUUUUGGUAACUUUUACAUUGUUGCUUGUGCAUCUUAAUCUAAACAACAACAACAUUCUGCUUAUUUGCAGUUAUCUAUGAAAAUCUGAAAAAAAAUGAUAAUUUUUUUAAAUAGUUAAGCUAAAUUCUAAAUAUAUUAUGCAAUAGAGCUUUUCCACAACUUUUAAACCCUUGUCUAUUUUUAUUCUGAUGUGGUACAGAAUCUGGAUUUUUCUUUUUCUUUUUUUUUUUUUUAGUUCAUAUUUUAAAUAGAUGGCUUUUUUUUAGAGAUAUGCUUGUCUUUAUUUCAUACUGAUUCCUUUUCCUUUUGCUUCAAUAUGAAAGUGGGACAGUUGUAAAUAUAUAUAUAAAAUAGUGUAACAAAGGAGGCACUGCAUUGUUUAUUGUGGAGCUUUAUUGUAUUUUUUCUGUGAGGCUGGCAUACAAUGUAGAGGUUCAGACAAGCUCAUGGCAUGUACCUUGGCAGACCCCAGGAAUAUAUGAAAUCUUAAAACAGUGUUGGUCCCCUGUUGCAUAUCCCCAUUCACAGCUAGUCAUCUUUAGUUUCCUGCUGUGACUCACUGUUUCUUUCUCUUCUAAUUUGCCCUGCUUUCCCUCUUUCCUUCCUCCACAGUAUCUCGCUCCAGUCCCCCUUACUGUGCUUUCUCUGAUCUUUCCUCUCAGUAUCUCUUUCAGGACCAAGCAGAUGAAUUGUAUUUUCUGCUUCCUUCUAAUAAGUUGCCCAGCAGCAGGUACCGACCCUUUCCCUCACCUCAGAAAGUGUCCUCACAUCCCUUUGAAUAUCAGAACCACAUCUUUCCUCACUGUCUCUCACAGCCCGUUCAGAAGCCAACUCCCAGUCAGUUGCAGCGAAGCAUUUACUUCCAAUUUUGUUUGGCUGUUGAUGAGGAAAUUGGUCAGAAAUGUGAAAUAUGGUUUCUCCCAUCCUGUGAUGAAACAUGUUUGAAAUGGCUACAAAUUUGUGGGGGGGAAAACGUGUCAGAGAGAGUUUUUACAGCAUUAAAUACCUUUUGAGAACUGUUUAAACUUCUGUCUCUGACUGUGAGCAACUUUUUGUGCCUGGUGCCAGUUGGCACCAGCGUGUGAUAUGAGGUGACAUAAUCGAGCAGACUUUCCCCUGGUACUCUGAUGACCAGCUGUUGAAUGUUUUAUUGACUUCUUAGAUGCUGUACAUUGUUUUGGCAAUAAUUGACCAGUGAUUUCCUAAGUGCAAACUUGGGCUUUUAAAAUUAAGCUUCCUCGACCAGCAAGUGGACCACAACCACUGCAAACAGUCUGAUUCCUAUCUGUGUCCUCACAUGUCAAACAUAAAUCACACAAUGCAAAAUUCUGAGACCAAAUGAUGAUCUUUAUUAUUACUUGUCGGGCUGUUUUGCUUUUUAAUUGUUGUAAGAAGCCUAGAGACACUGCAAAGAAGAAAACGUGUUGAUCACAAUGAGCACUAACAUGUUUUGUGUAUUAGAAAUACAAUUUUCACAUUCCAUGUUCCUGUUUACUCAGAGGUUGAGAAUGACCACAAUAAGGAAAGAUGCAUUUUGUUUCUUUUAUCAAUUUUCAUCACAUUUAUUCCAAAAAUAACUGAAUGCCCAAACUGUAAAGUCUAAAUCCAAACUCAGAGCCAGCUCCAUCACAUUGCACUGCACUCUUUUGCCAGCCAUGUACUAUAAAUUACACUGUUGUGUGUUUACUGUAUAAUACUUACACUGAAGUAUCUUGACAAGAAUGUGUGUAUAUAUAUGAUAUAUAUUUAAUCAUUUGAUACUACUGUUCAAUGUUCAGUGGAGUUGAAUGUGGUUACAAUUAUUGCUGUUUAAUAUUCCCUGAGUUGGGAAGGUUUACUGCUGAAUGAUUUGACUGUAGUUGUGACUUUUUAAUAAAAAAUAGAGAACACGUUUG